AAAACUAGUAUGUGUUUGAUAUUCGUUGUAAAAGGUCCGUCGCAUUUGUCAUCUUGUGUGUAUAUUAUUUUCCUUACUUUUCGUUUAGUAUCAAAUCAACCCUUCAAUUGUGUACGUUUUUGUUAUUGCUGUCAUUUAUCAACCGGUAUUUCGUUCGUGUGCAGUAUACCCAAUAUUUUUUUCAUUUUAAUCUGGAUUGUUGUUGAAUGUUAAGUUGAUUAAAAUUUAACUGAACAGUAAAACACAAAAAUAACAGCCGACAGACAGGAGGUUCGCAUUUUGUGUACAAAAUCAUUAAAUUUCUUGCUAAAUUGUCUGUAAAAGCAAAUAUUCCAACAAAUACUUUUAAAAUCAAUAUCUACAAAAAUCAGUCGAAUAAAAUGCAAUUUAGAAUUUUGAAUGUCAAAACGAAGUUUGAUUGAUUUAUCAAUCCAUCAGAAUUCUUGCAGCUGGUGACAAAAAUAAAGAAAAAUAAAACGAAAAACGAUUCCCCUACCGUGUAGAGUAAAUUAAGAAAGCUGUGUGCGUGUAUACAUUAUUGCGGCCAAGUUGACUCAUUGAAAAAAUCGAUACUACAGCUACGACGUCGCGUCGUCGACGACGACGAUAUACGAAAGAUUUUGUUUGGCAAUUGAAAUAAAUUUUCAAUUUUUGUUAAACACAACUCAAUUUAAACGUUUGCCAGCCGGCAACGAGUGUUGUUGAUAACAAAAAAAAGAUGGCAAAAGUAGUAAGCAACAAACAACAGCUGAAACGACUUGUAGAAUUAUUACGAGGAAAUCUAAAUAUUGCCCAGGGAAUUUGUACAAAAACUAAUGCGCAAAAGAAAUGGGAAGAAUUCGCUGUCGAAUUAAAUAAAAUAGGUCCGCCACAGCGUGAAUGGCAUAAAUGGAUGAGGGUCUGGGCAGAUUUAAAAUGUAAAAUAAAGAAGAAAAAUAACCGAAUAAUGUACCAAAAUGGCGUCAAAAUAGACGAGAAUACUCUAAAUUUAAGUCGCCAUUUCAGUGAACUGGAAGAGAUGGUCAUUAAUAUGCUUGGUUUUAAUAAGCAUCUGAGUCAAUUCCAACAAGAUUAUGAAUUUGAUGAUACUAAAAUGACAGAUAGCACAGAAGAUAAUGAAAAGUAUGGUAAUAUCGAUUUUGACGAUGAAAUUAUGAAACUUUCAACUUCAUCACCCACCAUUUUCAAAAACGAACCAGAAGAAGAAUAUUCUUCCAUUAUGGACACUGAGAGAAAAUCAAAUUUUUCAAUGGAUAAAUAUAAAAUAAUACUUGAAGAUCAAAAUUUAGCUCAGAAACAAUUUUAUAAUAAAAUGAUAGAUUUGAUGGGUGAUAUGAAGAGAAGCAUGAGCAAUAUGGAGGAUUAUAUUAAAAAAGGUGUCCAACAGAAGGAUGAUCUAAUUGAAUUGAAAAGACUGAAAUUGAAGGCGUAUAAAGAAAAUAAAAUAAAUCAAACUGUUUAUAGUAAAUCAAAGAUUAGAUAUAAAAAUGAACUUUUGGCUAUAAAAAAAAUGAAACAAAACGCAAUGAAUGGUGGAAAGAGUUAAUUUUUCAUUCAAAUUAAUUAUUAAUUUUUUUAUUCCAAGAAUAAACUCUAGAAAUAAGAUUUCAAAAUAAAAUAUAUGUAAAG